AUGGCUUCGCUUCUAUCACUUCGCGACGACGCGUCUUCGCCGCCGGUUCCCUAUACUAGGCCGGUCGCCGGUACCGUUAUGAGUGUCAUACUCUCGUUCGCUGCAAUUUGCGUCCUGUCGUGCUUCCUCACACAACGGUCGCUCGCCGUGAAGGCAUGGUCACGGCUUCCUCUCGCUACACUGCUCGUAUUUACAAUCUAUGCUGAUUCCUGGGCCUUCGUUUUCGGAUCGGGUAUUGUCGACUUUGGCAUAGGCGUCGACUCGAAUCUAGGUGUCUGCUCGGCGGCUAUCUUGCUGUGCUUAUUCUUCUACGUGACAUCCAAAGUCGAAAAAGCUUUUCUUGCCCAAGGCGGCGUAAAACGGCGGGUCGAUUCGAAGCUCUACAUCUCUAAUUUAUUCGGUGUACUCACUAUUUUUGGGAUCAUAUGCAUCUUGACUUUCGUCUACCGCAAAGCACGAAUGGAUAUGGGGCAGUGCAUUGUUGGCAUAGAGAGACAGGCACUGAUUCCGCUCAUCACCCUGGAUGUUGUAGCAAACUUAUACAUCACGGCGUUAUUUUUGAACCCAUUAUGGAGCAUCUACUCGAUCAAGAGGCUCUCCAAUUCGCCGGAUAGCUCCCCAAAUCUAGGCUCUACAGCAAUACGGACCUUCAUCGGCGCUCUAUGUACUACCACCUCGAGUGUAGUGAACCUUGUAGUCUUGUUGGCACUGGAUGGCGAGCCAGGAUGGGUAUUUCUUACAUGCUGUAACGCAGAUAUCCUGUUCUCCACGCUGGUUAUCCAGUGGGUCACAUUACGCGACGACGCUACAAGCGCCGCUGCGUCCUCGUCUCCUCCCUCCCACCCACCGGACAACGAAGCGGCGGAUCGUCCGCCCCCACGCGCACCACCCCCCCGACCUCCCCGCCAACGCAGCCAGCGACUCACCAUCUCGCGCCCGCUGAAAACAACCAGUACGUCGCAGUACGAGCACAUCUUCGGGGACCUCGAGCCCGACACCGAGACCGACGCCGUAAGCGCGAGCAGCGCGUCCAACCACAGAGCCGGGUCCUCCUCGCGCUUCGACGAGGACAACGACGACGGCUUCCGCGCCUCCAUCGUGUACGACGGCCCGGACGGGGAUACCAGCGACAACAGUGCGGGGAACGAGAGAGGCGCCAGCAGCAGCGCGUGGACGAGCCCGCCGCGGCCGCCAUCUGCACGAACGGACGCAAGGACGGACGGCGCAGCCCUAGGCCUAGGCAAAUCGCGUCCUCCCACCCCCGCAGCGCAAGCGCACGGGCAAGCGCAGACGCCCACGCGCGAGGGCGCAUCCAACGUCUCGGCGGCCGUGGCCGCGGACCUGGAGCGGAUACGGCAGUACCGGGGGCGGCGGGGGGGCUGGUCCGCGACGACGGUCACGACGUCGACGUCGCCGCCGCCGCCGACGCUGACCUCGAUACCGUCGACGUCGUACAGCCUCGGGCGGGCGCCGCGAGCUUCGCGGCGCGGGAGCGCGCGGCGCGAGUACUACAUCAGCCAGCUGGCGUUCGAAGACCGAGACGUGGGAGGGGGGUCGUCGUCGUCGCAGUGGCACGAGCUCGUCCAAGGGAGGGGGGAGGCGGCGGUGGGACGCAGCGAAGAGGGGAGGGGCGGGGAGAACGGCCGGAGGGGGGCGGAUUGGAUCUAGGUAGGUAAUUAAUUUACGUUAGGUACCUACGUACGGGGGGGGAGAGAGAAAGAGGAAAAAAAAAACACUUAGUCAAUCAGUCAGUCAGUCAGUCAAAACAAAAGCGGAAAGAAAAAAGAAGAAAAAAGGGGGGAAGGAGGGGGGAGCAAAAGCAUGUGAUCUAUGCGACGACCGCGGCAUCCUCGCAUAACUCGGAACGAAACAAAAAUCUGCAAAAAGAGAGAUAUGUGUGUCAGUUAGUUGUCAGGGGAAGAAAGGUCAGUUCUUAUGUUAUAAGAAUUCGCAUGGCCUAUUUUCGUGUGUUUUACAAUUAUAUAGUCUCUCAGCAGGAUUUUUAUAACAAGCAAGGUUUAGGUAGUUAGUUAGUCCCUAUAGGUGGUAAGUAAUGUCUAAUCUAAUGCUUCGCAUAUAAUAAAUAGUAAUAAAUCGCGCGGGUGAAGGGAAUGAUCAAUUCAACAAUCAACAGAGGUACCUAGACUUACGGAUUAUACACACGUAAAUUUAGGUAGGUAUUGUGUGUACCUCGGUACAGG